AUGACGUUGAUCGAUCGUGCCCCAAACAAUGCUAGCGCAUGGAAUUACUUGAGAGGUCUCUUUGAGUCGAUUUCUCCUUCUCGACAGUUUGAAGAAUACGAUCAUGAAGUACUUAAGCUACUUCGGGUUCAAGACCAUGCCUACGCUGUAGCGCACCCUGAGGAAGACGAAGCUGGACGAACGCCUCCGCACGCGUUGGAAUGGCUCUUGGAUAGCGCUGCGCAGCAACUGCCGCAUACAAACAAAGAUACCCAGCGCAAAAAGAUCCAGCUUCUUCUUCAGCGUCUUCGGCAUGCUGAUCCUGCGCGAAACAAGUAUUGGUCCUACGUGGAACAACAGCUCUUGUAG